CAUUUCAUUUCCACCUCCAUCUCACAACACUACUGACUACACCCACCCACGCUUCACUUUGGCGCCACAACUCACCAAGCUGACUGCCGCCCAUAACACCCCGUCCCCCCCUCGGGAUUCCGUUCAUUUUUCAUCCACUGGGUAUGACUAUUCUGUAGUUUUUCCUGCUCUGCUGCUCUCCUCACUUCCUUGAAAUCUUAAACCCCCCUUCCCCAAAAAAAAAACUCUAAUUUCUCACAGUCAAAUCAUCGAACGCCGUAAUGGCGUCGUCGACAGCGUCCUUUCCCUUCGUGAUUCACCCUGCUUUAGACAAUUCAGUUAUUCCCUACAGUGGAAAUCAUCGUCGACCCAAGUUGCCUUUGCUAGCAUUUAGGCCGAGGAAGUUUACCAGCGAUUCCAAAUUUGGAAGUUGUGGGCUUUUGAAUGAAGGUAUUGCGAGCCUAUCUUCAUGCUGCGGCUCCACCAUGACUAGGAAGUGGACGCUCCAGCGCUUUAACGCCACAGGCAGUGGCUCUGGGGAAGUUCAGAGUGGGGAAGAAUCGGACGAUGCUUUACAAGCCACAAUUGAGAAGAGCAAGAGAGUUCUGGCUAUGCAGAAAGACCUACUUAAUCAGAUUGCGGAACGUAAAAAAUUAGUUUCAUCUAUAAAAGAUAGCAUUAUUGACCAGGAGAAUGACAGCACCCUUUCAACUGUUAAUGUUGCAUCAGCCAAUGGAACUGAAGAAGAUGAGGUACUGACAACUGAUGAGGUGAAUGCACCUGGAAAGAACCUGCUGCGCACAGAAACUUCUUCAAGUGCAAGUUCCUUGGAGCAGUCCAAAGACACUAGCAAAGAGAUUUUUCAGUCCUAUAAAGAUGCUUCUGCACAUGUAAACAAGCAGUCUAGAAGUGCCACUUCUGCCGUAGGAACUUCCAGUUCAAAGAUUUCCUUUGAUGUAGAUUCGGAAAACCAAUUAGCGAGUAUAUCAACAGAGAAAAUUCCAUCUGAUCUGCCAUCCUUUCUCUCAGAGACCAGUGCAAAGUUGCCUUUGGAAGAUAAGCAACAUGAAGAUUUCGAAAAAUCGAGUGCACAGGAGGUGAAUGUUGAUAAAGAAGAUUCUGGGGGUGAAAAAGUAAAAGCCCCUCCAUUGGCUGGCAUCAAUGUUAUGAACAUAAUAUUGGUUGCUUUAGAAUGUGCACCAUGGUCCAAAACAGGUGGGCUUGGGGAUGUUGCUGGAGCUUUACCCAAGGCUUUGGCUCGGCGAGGACAUAGAGUUAUGGUUGUUGCACCUCGGUAUGGUGAUUAUGCUGGAGCUCAAGAUACAGGGGUUCGGAAAAGGUAUAAAGUAGAUGGUCAGGAUAUGGAGGUGACGUACUUUCAAGCUUACAUUGAUAGUGUUGAUUUUGUUUUCAUUGACAGUCCUUCAUUUCGACAUAUUGGAAAUGACAUAUAUGGGGGCAAACGUGUGGAUGUUUUAAAGCGCAUGGUUCUGUUUUGCAAAGCUGCUGUUGAGGUGCCUUGGCAUGUUCCAUGUGGUGGGGUCUGCUAUGGAGAUGGAAAUUUGGUUUUUAUAGCAAAUGAUUGGCAUACAGCAUUACUGCCCGUGUAUUUGAAGGCACAUUAUCGUGAUCACGGAAUAAUGAAAUAUGCCAGAUGUGUUCUUGUGAUUCAUAACAUAGCUCACCAGGGUCGCGGUCCUGUGGAUGACUUCUCUUGUGUUGAUCUUCCACCACAUUACUUGGACCUUUUUAGGUUGUAUGAUCCUGUUGGAGGUGAGCACCUCAAUAUAUUUGCCGCAGGGAUAAAGACAGCUGAUCGUGUUGUCACAGUGAGUCAUGGAUAUGCCUGGGAGUUGAAGACAUCUGAAGGUGGUUGGGGCCUGGAUGGGAUAAUCAAUGAGAAUGACUGGAAACUUGCGGGUGUUGUUAAUGGGAUUGAUACAAAAGAUUGGAAUCCUGAGUUGGAUGUUCAUCUUCAGUCAGAUGGUUACACAAAUUACUCACUAGACACCUUGAAGACUGGCAAACCCCAAUGCAAAGAAGCAUUGCAGAAGGAGUUAGGUUUGCCUGUCCGUGACAAUGUCCCCUUGAUUGGUUUUAUUGGAAGGCUUGAUCACCAGAAAGGGGUUGAUCUUAUAGCCGAGGCAAUUCCUUGGAUGAUGGGCCAGGAUGUGCAGCUGGUCAUGUUGGGCACUGGUAGGCCUGACCUUGAACAGAUGCUUAGGCAAUUUGAAGGACAGUACAGCAACAAAAUUAGAGGUUGGGUGGGUUUUUGUGUAAAGACAGCUCACCGGAUAACUGCAGGUGCAGACAUUUUGCUGAUGCCGUCAAGAUUUGAACCUUGUGGACUGAAUCAGCUCUAUGCUAUGUGCUAUGGUACUGUUCCUGUUGUUCAUGCAGUGGGGGGUCUAAGAGAUACUGUGCAGUCUUUUAAUCCUUAUAAUGAGUCUGGGCUUGGAUGGACAUUUCAAAGGGCUGAGGCAAAUCAGCUGAUCAACGCGCUAGGGAAUUGCUUCCUCACAUAUCGCGAGUACAAAAAUAGUUGGGAAGGGAUUCAAAGACGUGGUAUGUUGCAAAACCUAAGUUGGGAUAAUGCUGCUGAAAAGUACGAGGACAUACUCGUUGCGGCGAAGUACCAGUGGUGAGUCAUGAAGCAUACAUAGGUACUGAUUGACACGAGGAGCAAUACAUUGAAUCCGCAGAAAGCUAAAAACAAGUGAACUCCUUUUAUCUCCACAAGGAAAACCUCUGAACAAUUUGCCAGGAAAAUAUCCAAAGGCUUGGCUUCACUUCCUCAAUGUUGAGUUGGGCAGAAUUUCAGAUGUCUGCAUUAAAAAAGAUUGCUUGUACUGUUUGUUAAAUUCUAAGCUAGGAAAUUCCCAGAUGAAUUACUUUUUAGACAACUUUUAUUCCGUUGUUGUCAUCUGGGACUUGAGAGGAGUUUUUAAGUCUUUACAUGAAACCACAUUAACUUUGAAA